CAAUUUUAGGCAAGUGGCAGCUGAGGAGUUGGUAGUUAGCUCAGCUAAUAGUAGCACCCUCAUUCACAAGAAAGAAGAUUUUUCUUGUACCUUGUUAGAUAACAAACGUUCUUCACAACUCUCAAUUUGGGGUACACUUUAAAUCCUAAAAUUUGCAACCCCAUUUCAAGAUUUUGUCUUUACACAAACCCCAUUAUUACAAAGUUCAAUUUUUUUUUAAGAAAAUGAGACCAACUACAGUAUUUGGUGGAUUGUUUCUUGUUUUGGCAGUGUAUUGUGGAUUAGACCCUUUUAAACACAGUGCAAUUUCUGAGUUUCCAAAUUUUGAGUCUUUUAAGGUUGAGAUGCCAGCUUGGUCUGAAAUACCAGUUGAAAAAGAUUCACAAAAUUUGCUUCAAAAAUCUGAAAUUAAGUUCUUGAAUCAAAUUCAAGGACCAGAAAGUAUUGCUUUUGAUUCUAAAGGUAGAGGACCUUAUACAGGUAUAGCUGAUGGUAGAGUUGUGUUUUGGGAUGGUGAAAAAUGGAAUGAUUUUGCUUAUACAUCAGCUAACAGGUCAGGCUCAUGCGACCCAAAACCAUCACCAUUGAACUAUUUGAAGAAUGAGCACAUCUGUGGUAGGCCUUUGGGAUUACGGUUUGACAAAAAAACAGGUGACUUAUAUAUUGCAGAUGCAUAUUUCGGGUUAAUGAAGGUAGGCCCUGAAGGCGGAUUAGCAGCAUCUUUGACAACUGAGGCUGAAGGAGUACCUCUAGGAUUCGCAAAUGACCUGGAUGUUGAUGAUGACGGGAAUGUUUAUUUUACAGAUAGCAGCACAAAGUACCAACGCAGGAAUUUUAUGCAGCUGGUUUUCUCAGCAGAAGAUAGUGGAAGGGUUCUCAAAUACAAUCCUAAGACUAAAGAAACCACCGUUCUUAUUCGCAACCUUCAAUUUCCAAAUGGAAUCUCACUAAGCAAGGAUGGUUCCUUCUUUAUAUUUUGUGAAGGUUCCAAGGGCAGGUUACGGAAGUACUGGCUGAGAGGUGAGAAAGCCGGGACCUCAGAAGUAAUAGCAAUCCUCCCAGGAUAUCCAGACAACGUGAGAGCAAACACGAGGAACGAGUUUUGGGUAGCAAUCCACUGUCGCCGCACCAUUUACAGUUACAUAAACGCCAUAUACCCACAACUCCGUCAAUUCUUGCUGAAACUUCCCGUCUCUGCGAAGCUCCAAUACCUCAUGCACAUUGGUGGCCGGCUCCAUGCAGUCGUCGCGAAGUACAGCCCCGAGGGGAAGCUCUUGCAGAUACUGGAAGAUCGACAAGGGAAAGUCGUUAGAGCUGUAAGCGAGGUAGAGGAGAGGGAAGGGAAGCUUUGGAUGGGAAGUGUUCUCAUGUCUUUCAUAUCAGUUUACCAACUAGAAUGAAACUCUGCAGCAUUUGCUUUUCCUUUUGCUUUGUUUCAUUAUCGCUUCUCUUUUGGUUUCUCAGAGGACUGGAACUGGAAAAGACUAAUUUUUUACUUCCUUAUGAGUAGUUGUUUGUAGUAUCUGUUUAAUUAAGCAUUACUGAAAGCAAGUCUAUAUGAGAUUAACAAAGCAAGCAUUAUUUCGGUCAA